AUGGCUCCAGAAGUUAUAAAAUAAUAACUAUAUGGAAAGUAGAUCAAAUAUUAUAUAUUUAAAAUAGAAAAGCAGAUAUUUGGAGUCUUGGUUGUUCAAUGAUUGAAAUGGCUUUUAGACACCCUCCUUUUAUAUAAAAUUAAGAAUGCGUAUGCAAUCAUGGUCAAAAUUAGUAAGCUAACUUAAAUGAUUCCUAUAUCAGAUAAAUUCAAAUCUGAAUUAGUUAAAGAUUUUCUUAAAAACAUUCUUCAAUUAAACCGAGAUGAGAGAUGGCAAGCAACUUGAAUAUCCAUUUCUACUUUAAAAAUAUGAUAGAAUCAAUUCAUCUUAUAAAAAAAAGACUGUUAAGGAUUUACUUUUUUAAUUACAGUAAGAACUUAAAACAAAAUUAAAUUAAAAACUCUAAUUUUCAUUUUAAUUGGAUGACAAAUCAUAAUCAUAAAAGGUUAAUUCAAAUGAAAUUCAAGUUAUUCGUCAAAAUUAAAAAUAAUAAGGCUAGGGUUCUCAGAGAGAGGUAAUUCUCACUAAUAUUAUUAAAAUAAAUAAUAUUCGUAAUUUACAAUCAGAACCAGAUUAAGAUAAUUACAAAAUAAUUAUUGAAUAGAAUUUUGAUGAUAAUAAUAACCUAUAAUAGUUUGAUUCUAAUUAUUUUAAUUAAAAAAAUAAUAAGUCGAUAAUGCUCAUUAAAUUAAGUAUUAGAAUAGAUUUUAGAUAAUGUAUAUCAACAGUAAAAAUCAAAAUCCCUUAAUCCUUUAUUAUAUUGAUUUCAACUAGACGACUAUAUUGA